CUCGCCUCUGUUUGCCAGUGACGCGUCACUCAGGUGCCACUCAGUUGUCAGGAGGAUCUCGGCCCUCCUGGAAUUGUUUGUAGGACAGAAUUCAAAUGGAGAUGGAUAAAGACGAGUCACUUCAACAGGUGGACUUAAACAAAAUAAGUGAGGAUUCAAUAUUACCAGACAUGACUUUAGAGGCCGCACUGAAGGAAUGCUCCACUGCCCUCAACCUUUUUCUGAACAACCGCUUUUCUGAUGCUCUGGGUCUCUUAAAACCCUGGAGGACUCGGAGUACGUACCACGCAAUGGGCUACAGCAGCAUCUUGGUGAUGCAGGCCGGCAUGACCUUUGAACCGAAGGACAUGAAUGCUGCCAUGGCGUCACUGGGUGAAUCCCUGCAGACCUGCCAAAGAUUUCGUAAGAAAACUGGGAUAGUGGAGACUUUAACCAGCCUGUGGAGCAGGCAACCAGCUGACAACCUGACAGAAGAGGAGAUGCACGCAGAGCUGUGCUAUGCGGAGAUUCUGCUGCAGAAAGCCUUUCUCACAUUCCUUGAUGAGUCGAUAAUUGGUUUCAUCAAAGGAGGCAUGAGAAUCCGAAACAGUUAUCAGAUUUUCAAGGAUUGCCAGGCCAUGGCUAAUGUCACAAAGGACAUGGAGAAGCAGAAGAGCAUGUACAUACAUUUUAAGGGCGGCGUCAACAUGGGCAUUGGAUCAUUUAAUCUGAUGUUAUCUCUGCUCCCAUCCAAAGUCCUCAGGCUGAUGGAGUUUUUGGGCUUCUCAGGAGACCGGGAAAUGGGUUUGUCGGAGCUAAGGGAGGGAGCAGCUGGCAACAGCCUGCGCUCUAUCCUCAGCACCCUGACGCUGCUGAUGUUUCAUCUCUACAUCACUGUGAUUCUGGGUACUGGUGAAGGAAACCUUAAUGAGUCUGAAGCCCUGCUGGAGCCCUACGUGGAGAAGUUUCCUAAUGGAGCUCUCAUUCUUUUCUACACCGCAAGAAUUUCUUUGCUCAAAGGAAACUUCACUUUUGCACAGGAAAAGUUCCUGGCCUGCAUUGCGGCACAGGAAGAGUGGCGUCAGAUUCACCACCUGUGCUACUGGGAGCUGAUGUGGGCCUACUCAUUCGAACAGAACUGGCGGGAGGCGUAUCGGUACGCCGACCUGCUCUGCAAAGAGAGCAAGUGGUCCCAGGCCACCUAUACAUUUCAGAAAGCUGCCAUCCUGAGCAUGCGGCCGGAGGAAGAAGUGACUGAACUUGGAGAAAAUGUGGGAGAGAUAUUCAGGCAGGUGGAGGGCCUCAGGCUGAGGAUCGCUGGGAAGUCGAUCCCAACAGAGAAGUUUGCAGCAAGCAAGGCCCAGCGAUACGCUUCUUCUACCCCAGUGAAACUAGUUGUGCCUGCUCUGGAAAUGAUGUACGUGUGGAAUGGUUUCUCAGUGGUUGGCAAAAGACCAGAGUUGACUAAAAGCAUCCUGACCACAUUGGAGAAAGCAGAGGAGCAGCUCAAAGACGAUCAAAAUCCAUCGGUGUAUCACGUGGACGACCAGUGUGUUGUUCAGCUGCUGAAGGGACUUUGUCUGAGACAGAUGGGGCAUCUGGAGCAGGCUGAGCUCUGCUUCGAUCAUGUCAUUUCCAGUGAAAACGAUAUCAAGUACGACAACUAUCUGGUGCCAUUUUCCAAGUAUGAGCUCGGCCUGUUGCACAAGCAGAAAGGUGACUUCAUCACAGCCAUCACAACGAUGGAAAAUAUCAAGACGAACCACAGAGACUACAACAUGGAGUCGAGGCUACACUUCCGCAUCCACGCGGCGCUCAACACCAUGGGCUCGUUUUCAGCCAAGUUUCCCCCUUCCCGCACGCCGGCUUAACAGACCCCACUGCAGGAUGCUCAAGAAAAAAACAUUGACUAACAAAACUAGCCUCAAUCCCUUAGCUUGAAAUCUCGUUGAAUGGCAUCUCACUGUCAGUGUCUUGGUAAUGGUAGUGUGCACACCCAAAAAUACACUUACAAACCUGUGCAGUUUUCUUAUUUUUUUUGUUGGUCUUUGAAUAGAAUCUAGAGCUUGGACAUAUAAGACUUGAAGAUGACUUGGUUGUUUCCAUUGAAUUGCCCAACGUAUUGUCAGAUCCAGGGCUGUGUAAGACAUGUGUAAUAAUGUAAUAUCUAAUUAGAGAAAAUCUCACUUGUCUUACUUUUUAUGACAUUAAACUUGUUUUAAGGAUUUUGAUGCCUUUGUAAACCUUACGCUAUGGUACAAUACAUUCAUUUUCUACUGCUAACAAUCUUAUUGUAAAUAAAAAUUGAAUUUUUUUUCUGCGCACUAUGAAUAUAUCUGCUGUUAAAUUAUCUAAAUUAAGCUUAUAAAUUCAUUAAUGUACUAUAUUUAAUGUUGGCAAAAAUUGAGGCAUAUACGAAAUGUUGAUAGAUAUGAUCAAUGAACUCUAAUAAAUGAAUUACAAGAUAAAUUGUGCGUAUAUUUUUGUCCAUAUAAGCAGAAUGAGUCGGUAACUAUGCUUUCUUGUUUUUAAUUUCCUGGAGAUUUAUUAGUGAUGGCAGACUUCUUUGAUGAUUGCAAUACAAUUCCCUCCUGCCCAAUUUCUCCCAAAGUAUCGGGCAAAGUUUCCUGCACAUUGUUAUUUUUGCUCCAUAUAAAACUGUAAU